GUUUGUCAAGUCCACAGACAAGUGCUACAUAAAUUUGACAAAUUUUAGUGAUAAAGAGACACAAGAAUAAGGAUCCACAGGAUCUGUAAUAUUCAGGGAAACAUGUCUACAACUAGUGAAAUGAAGACCCAGCAGGAUCUUCACGUGGCCACUCCAGUGAGGGAGAGCCUUGCCCUGACCAAACUGGCCGGGACCUCUAUUUACCUCAAGCUGGAUUCGUCGCAACCGACAGGAUCCUUCAAGAUCAGGGGCCUCGGUCACCUGUGCAAAACGCUGGCAGAGCGAGGAUAUGAGCGAUUUGUCUGCUGUUCAGGAGGAAAUGCCGGCAUGGCAGCAGCUUAUUCUGCCCGCAAGCUCGGGGUUCCUGCAACUAUCAUUGUCCCAAACGUCACACCGAACAUAACAGUGGAGAAAAUGAGGGACGAGGGAGCCACUGUUAUCAUUCAUGGCAAGAAUGUAGAUGAAGGCAUUGCAUACGGACAGGAGCUUGUGGCAAACAAUGCUGGCUGGAUAUACAUCCCUCCCUUUGAUGAUCCCCUCAUCUGGGAAGGCCACACAUCUCUGGUGAAGGAGCUGGAGCACGACCUGAAGGAGAAGCCAGGAGCGAUAGUGCUGUCAGUGGGAGGCGGGGGCCUGCUGAACGGGGUGGUGGAGGGACUGCGUCGCGCCAACUGGGCUGACGUCCCUGUUGUAGCCAUGGAAACUAUGGGUGCACAUAGCCUCCAUGCAGCCAUGGAGGCUGGAGAGCAUGUGACUUUACCUGCAAUUACAAGUGUUGCAACCACACUGGGCGUGGCAAAGGUCUCAGCGCAGACAAUGAAACUGUCACAAGAACACCCGAUUCUGUCAGAAGUAGUCACAGACCAGGAGGCUGUGAAAGCUGUUGAACGCUUUGUGGAUGAUGAGAAGAUCCUGGUGGAGCCUGCCUGUGGUGCUGCUCUGGCAGCGGUGUACAGUGGCAUUAUCAAAAGGCUGAGGGAUGAGCGCAAGCUGCCGCAGCACCUGGGCCCUGUGAUCAUUGUGGUGUGUGGCGGCAACAACAUCAGCUUGGAGCAACUGAACAAGUUGAAAAAGCAGCUUGGCAUUAUUUAACUUCACCCUGAGUUUUCCUGACCUUUCUUCCUUUUCCCCACCUGCUCACAAACCCUAAACUCUAUUUUACUCUCUGUAAUAUAUUAUAAGUACUUGUAUGUAGCACUUAAUAAAGAUGGGAUAUGUUUAUUAAUUGUGUUUCUGUUUAUAAGGUCUGUCUGAAAAACAAUAAUUUAACCCACAUUUAAGCUGCAUUUGAUUUGUAUUUAGUAUGUUUUGUUUGUAGGGCCGUUACAUAUGGUAUAUAUGUGGUGUAUACUGACUGUAUGUUAGGCACCAACAUGAAAAUUUAGUAAAGAUGCACAAAACUCCAUUUGACGUAAAACAGUUCACUCAGUGUGUAACUGUUCACCAUAAAAUAUGUGAAAAAAAACAAAACAGGUCUAAUUAUUUAUUAGUUAUUGGCCUUAAAAAUAACCAAAUUUCAGACUAUUCUUUAUUUUAAACUAUAGUUCUGUUCUUUGUCUUAAAACUAACAAGUUCUUCAAUUUACCGUAUUGGCCAAAAGUCUUGAGCCACCUUUGAUUUCUUUGUAUUUUACUUGCAAAA